AUGCCGUCCUACACCAUACCCCAGCUCUCCCUCGCCAACACGCUCAAGCAGCACCUCGAGGCCUUCGAGAAGUCCGUCACGAUCUUCAACGACACCAACCCGGACCACGAGCACGUCAAGGCGCACCUCUUCCUCGAGACGCUUCCCCCCGGCAUCCGCGCGGAAGUCACCAGCCGCCUGGGACCCUUCUGGCUCCUCCUGCCUCUCAAGUUUACCGACGUCCGCGCCGCUUUUGUCGCCGUCUCUGAGAGCAUGGAUGGCGGCGGUGGUGGAGAACGCAAGCCGUACCAUGACCUCGUCCAGGUUUGGAAUCGUGCCGACACUGGGGACGACACUGGGGACGACACUGCCGCCCUGGGUGACGAGGGCGCGACGCAGGCGAACAAUGCCGUCGAUGGCGGCACCCAACACACGCCCGACACGCCCGCCCCGUCGGCGGUGAUUGUCGCCCCUCGUGCGCCCACCCCAGCCCCCGACGCCCCCUCGUUUUUCCAAGCCGCCCUCGACAAGGCGCGCGCUAUUCUUCCUCCAGGCGACCAGCUCGCCUUUGAAGUAGCGAUGAUCAAUGCCGCGAAGGCGCUGAACGCGCUUGCCGACGACUGGAUCAAUGUGACCACCGGCGAGUCGAUACCCACGAGUGACGCCGUCGUCGGCGCCAUGACAGCGCGCCUGAGUGACACCCUCGAUACGCUUCACCAGCUGGGUGACGAGAUUAGCAGCGCGCAGAGUUCGCUCGACUUUGGCACUUCCGAGUCGGGGAGCACUGGUGCUAGCGACUUGGCUGAGCCCACCGAGACCUCGGCCUCGCGCUCUGACAAGUCGAAGAGCGCGGUCUCCACUGAGGACGCGGUCACGAUUUCGACGGAAACCGGCACUCUCUCGUCCGAUUCAACCGAAGCCGAGCUCAUGCCGCACUGGGGCCCGUUCAAGUACCUCGGCACGACGGCCGUCUCUCCCUCCAAGAACCGCGAGCGCCUGAUCUUCAUCAUCGACCGCCGAGGUUCGCAGCACGUAAUCCAGUCGACUGCGCUCCUUCACGGAGGAGCCCCCUGCCGUUUUGCAUUCCCGUUUAAGUCUCAGGCCCUGGGCAUCCAGACCGUCUACCUCGACACAAAGGGACAUAUCAUGAUGUCCAAGCCGCCCCGCAACAAUGGCAAGCCGCCAUCCUCGCCUGACGGCCUGAUCGACCUCGACAACGUGUUCGCGUGCCCCCAGUCACCGGGGUUCAACGUUCUCUCCAAGAACAAGCUCGUCCAGACCGGAUGA